AUGCAACGCGGACACACAUGCAACGCGGGCACAUGCAACGCGGACACAUGCAACGCGGGCACAUGCAACGCGGGCACAUGCAACGCGGGCACAUACAACGCUGACACAUGCAACGCGGGCACAUGCAACGCGGACACAUGCAACGCGGGCACAUGCAACGCGGACACAUGCAACGCGGGCACAUGCAACGCGGACACAUGCAACGCGGACACAUGCAACGCGGACACAUGCAACGCGGGCACAUGCAACGCGGACACAUGCAACGCGGGCACAUGCAACGCGGACACAUGCAACGCGGACACAUGCAACGCGGACACAUGCAACGCGGACACAUGCAACCCGGACACACAUGCAACGCAGACACAUGCAAAAAAAUAUAAUGAUCACUGUGCGGGGUAUCUAGAUACACGCCAUUGA